AAGCCUCUCUCCGUCUCUCUCAUACGGUUCUAGAGAGAGAGAGGGCAUACGACACCCAAGUCCAACCCUUCGCCUUCUCCCAUUUAGAAACACAUUUUCAAGCAAGACCAUGUGCAUAUGUGUAUAUACAUGUACUGUAUAACGUAAACAUACACAUCACAGUUCUUCAAUUGCUAUUUUAACCUAAUUGAAAAAUUACCAAUUUCUUGGAGCUCAAUUUCAACCUAAAGGGGAAAGAUUACUGUACCAGAGAAUUACGGGUAGAGUAACUGCUUAAGGAAGAAUCAAGAAUGGGAGUUCCGGCUUUUUACAGGUGGCUUGCAGAUCGGUACCCGCUGUGUAUUGUGGACGUGGUGGAGGAAGAGCCCAGGGAGGAUAAAAAUGGGGUGUCAAUACGUAUUGAUGUAACUAAGCCUAACCCUAAUGGCGUAGAGUUUGAUAAUUUGUAUUUGGAUAUGAAUGGUAUCAUUCACCCCUGUUUUCACCCAGAAGGCAAGCCUUCACCUACCACAUAUGAUGAUGUAUUUAUAUCGAUAUUUGAUUACAUUGACCACCUUUUCUCUUUAGUUCGCCCAAGAAAGCUCCUUUUUAUGGCAAUCGAUGGAGUGGCUCCUAGAGCUAAAAUGAACCAACAAAGGACUCGUCGUUUCAGGGCUGCAAAAGAUGCUACAGCAGCUGAAGCUGAAGAAGAAAGAUUGAGGCAAGAGUUUGAACUUGAGGGGGCAAAUUUAUUGCCUAAAGAGAAGCCCGAAACAUCCGAUUCAAAUGUCAUCACCCCUGGCACGGAAUUUAUGGCAGUGCUUUCUGUGGCCCUUCAAUAUUAUGUACAGUGUAGGUUGAACCGCAAUCCAAGUUGGCGCUUUGCAAAGGUUAUCCUGUCCGACGCUAAUGUUCCUGGUGAGGGAGAGCACAAGAUUAUAUCCUACAUUCGAUUACAACGGAAUCUUCCUGGCUUUGAUCCAAAUACCAGGCACUGUUUAUAUGGUCUGGAUGCAGAUCUGAUCAUGUUAUCUCUAGCUACACAUGAAGUCCAUUUCUCAAUAUUGAGGGAGGUAAUCACUCUGCCCGGCCAGCUGGAAAAAUGUUUUCUCUGUGGCCAAGCUGGUCAUCUGGCUGCUGAAUGUCGUGGGGAUCAAUCUCACAAUGCAAAUGGGAAGUUGUUAAAUGACAUUCCCAUUCAUAAGAAGAAGUAUCAGUUUCUCAAAAUCUGGGUGCUGCGAGAAUACUUGAGAUAUGAUAUGGAGAUUCAGAACCCUCCAUUCAAUAUUAACUUUGAAAGGCUGGUGGAUGACUUUGUGUUUUUAUGUUUUUUUGUUGGCAAUGAUUUUCUUCCUCAUAUGCCCACCUUAGAAAUUAGAGAGGGUGCCAUUAAUUUGCUCAUGUUUGUUUAUAGAAGGGAAUUCACGGCUAUGGGUGGUUAUCUUACUGAUGCGGGUGAGGUGUUCCUGGAUCGAGUUGAGCACUUUGCUCAAGCAGUUUCCAUCUAUGAAGAUCAAAUCUUUCAAAAACGAACUCGAAUACAGCAGGCAUAUGAGAAUAAUGAAGAGAUGAAACUUAAAGCAAGAGGAGAACAUAAUGUGGAGCCACGGGCUUCAGCAACAGACAAGGUGAAACUGGGGGAGCCUGGUUACAAAGAAAGGUAUUAUUCAGAGAAAUUUGGUAUAUCAGAAUCAGAAAAGAUUAAUGAAGUUAGAAUGGAAGUGGUUUCAAAGUACGUGGAAGGAUUAUGUUGGGUUUCGCGCUAUUAUUAUCAAGGUGUAUGCUCUUGGCAAUGGUACUAUCCAUAUCAUUAUGCCCCGUUUGCAUCUGAUCUUAAGGGCCUCUCUGAUUUAGAGAUACAGUUUUCUCCUGGGGAGCCGUUUAAACCCCUUGAUCAGCUUUUAGGAACUUUGCCGUCUGCUAGUUCUGGUUCUCUCCCUCAAAAGUACAGGGGAUUGAUGACGGAUCCUUUGUCGCCUAUUUAUGAUUUCUACCCAACUGAUUUUGAAAUUGACAUGAAUGGAAAGCGUGCUGCAUGGCAGGGUGUUGCCAAAUUACCAUUCAUUGAUGAGAAUAAAUUGCUUGCUGAGACGAAGAAGCUUGAGGACACCUUGACGGAGGAAGAACAAUUUCGGAAUGGCGUGAUGUUUGAUCUACUAUAUGUCCAUCCUCUUCAUCCUUUGGCUGCUCAAAUUACCUUGUACUAUCGUCUUUCUCACAUGGAGAAAUCGCCAUGGAGAAUUGAUAUGAAUGCCAGUGGUGGAAUGAAUGGAUUCCUUUGGUUGACUGAGCGAAAUGGUUUGAAACGAGUAGUUCCUUCCCCAAUCAAUGAAUUGGAAGACAUUAUGGAUAAUCAAGUUCUAAACAUUACUUAUCUUUAUCCAGUUCCACAUGCACACAUCCCGGAACCUCCUAAAGGUGCAGUCCUACCUGAAAAGGUUGUGAGACCUACUGACAUAAAACCAUUCCCUAUACUAUGGCAUGAAGACAAUGGUGGCAGGCGUAUGCUAGGCAUAGAAAGGCCACAAGUAUCCGGGGCAAUAUCUGGUCCUACAUUGGGAGGAGCUGCUUAUCGUCUGGUUCAUAACACACUGAACAUUAAAUCCAUUCACACUGACUACGGAAUUUCAGAGCAGGCGGCUUCUCACAAUUUCCAUGGCAACCAUGUAGCGAACAGAUUGAGGCCAGCUGGACCGCCUGGCUAUGAAAGUGGCUUUUCCGAUGGAACAUCUUAUCAUAAUUCUUCAUACCACCCACAAAAUAAGCCUAGACCAUCUGGGUAUGACCUAGGAUCUGGUCGAAAUGCGGAAGGACGAGGUUAUUGGGAUCAUCCAAAUUUUCUACACGGGCAUUUCAAUCCUCGAGGACCAGUUAAUGGUGCUAGAUAUGGUGUCCCCUCGAACAACGUGCAAAACAGGCAAAACUUCAAGAUGCAACCAAGUCAGGAACAGUAUCAUGACUUAAGACAUAGCAUCUAUACUUUGACCAUGGAAGAUGGUGCCGGAACCAGGCCACACAAUUCAGGUCAAAUACCAAACAUACAUCAGCAACUUGGGCAAAACGUGGGUCCACUUCCGUCACCACCUCCUAAAUGGAUUGGCAGACAUGCUGGAGGAAAUGAUGGGAUGUAUAUUGACCAACAACAGACUUUAACUGCUGCUGGAAACGAGAGACAAUUGAAGAAGGUUUACCAGGUCAAAAACAAGUCACAACAAAUAAAUUGAAUCCAGAACUCCAGCAGUGAUGAUAUAUGUGUAAAGUGGCGCCCUUUCAGUUAGUUCAUAACUUGGUCAGAAACAACCUGACCAGCAAAGUUGAGAGGUUCAAACUUUGAGCAAAACCCACUCUGGAAACUUGCUCGAUGUUGGAAAAUGGAGAUCGGCUGCUUCUGUAUGUUUGGUUUCUCUGGAGAAUAUAAUACAUGGAGAAGUGCUGGAGAGUUUUUUGAGUCCAGCCUUCAUCUUGUACUAUAAUAUUCCAGGAAUACAAGGGCUAUAAGAUUCGCAAUUAUGCAGCAAAGACUUUUGGGGAUGUGGAUUCCUGUGCUUGGGUCCACGCGAUUUAUAUACAGACUCGACAUGCAAAUUCUUUUUCAUGUAGCUUGGUGAACUUUCUUGGAAACAAUGUAAAAGUGGUUACUUUCUUCCCUUUUCUGUCGAGGUUUCUACAUUAUUAAGAUUACAUGUGAACUGAAUUGACGUACAAUAUUUCCGCAAAAUUGUUUACCACGAAUAUUUUCCGCUGUUCAUUUCAUGGAAAGAAAUAUUUUGCUGCUA